GGAGAGCUGUCAGACUAUCGCAGCCACUCUUACAAACAACAGUACAGUGAUGUAAGGAUAAGUCUAGGUCGCCAUGUUGUCAGCCUGUGGCACAGACUUGGCGACAAGAAAGGAAAUUUCAUUCCCAAUCUCGUUAAGCCAUUCCUUGAGAUAUCACUCAUCAAACACAAAGAACUUCGCCGUGUUUCCCUUCCUCUCAUCAUGGACAUCAUGGAGUGUGAGCAGAGAGCUAGCUGCAACUUCAAGAGGGUUGAGACUGAAGUGUAUGAUAAGAUUGACGAACUGAUAACCAGUGGUCAUGGAGACGAAGAAUAUCGCGAACUCUUCCAGGAUAUACUUCGCCCACUCUGUGCCUCUAGCGAGCUGGGAACAUCAGGCGAGACGUUCAUUACUUCAGUUGGUAGGCUGAUUGGACUGUUGCUAGACUACCGCAACGUAUCCAGUGGUGACGGACACCAGGAUCGCCAGAUGGGGUGUAUGCUCAAUCUUCUGAAUUUCUAUCUGGAGAUUGAGAAGGAAGAGCUCUAUAUUCGCUACAUCUACAAGUUGGCAGAGCUCCACGUGAAGGAUCAGAGGUUUACUGAGGCUGGCUUCACCCUUCUUCUCCGGGCAAAGGGCUUGGAGUGGUCCAUUGAGCCUGUACCUCCAGAAGGUAAGUUUUCAGAAGAAAUUGAGCAGAGGAAAGUCAAGGAAGAGCUGUACAAAGAGGUGAUAGGUCUGUUUGAUCGAGGACAAGCCUGGGAGCAUGGCAUUCCUCUCUGCAAGGAACUCUGCACUCUCUACGAGACAGAGAUACAGUACAACGAACUUGCCGCUACUCUUCAACGAGAGGCGGAGUUCUUCCAGAAGAUAGUUCGUGAGCUGAGGGUGGAGCCUGAAUACUUCAUGGUGGGAUCUUACGGGAAGGGGUUUCCCCUUUUCCUCAGAAACAAGAUCUUCAUUCACAGAGGUCUGCCAUAUGAGAGACUGGCUUCCUUCAUCAAGAGACUCACUGAUGAAUACUCCACUGCUGAGCUGCUGAAGGGAACCAAACCUCCAGAAGACGAAAUUAAGAACUCUGCUGGAAUGUACCUGCAGGUGCGAAGUGUCCAAGCCAUUCCCGAGGAAAUGAAGAGAUUUGAGGGGAAAACUGUCCCUGACUCCGUAUCCAGGUACUACAAGGCCAACGAUGUGUCAAAGUUCCGCUACGAUCGCCCAUUCCAUCGUGGAGAGAAACGCAAGGAUUGCGAAAUUGCAACUUUGUGGCUGGAGAGAACAAACUAUGUGGCAACCAAGCCGUUCCCUGGAGAGAUGGCCUGGUUUGAAGUGGCAUCAAUGGAACUGGUUGAGCUCGACCCGCUGGCCAUCGCCAUAGAGACGGUGAGCUCCAAGACAGUGGAGGUUCGAACGCUGACGGCUCUCCACAUGGAGAACCGCAGUCUGAACAUCAACCCUCUAUCAAUGUUGCUAAGUGGACUGAUCGAUGCUGCCGUUGGCGGGGGAAUAAAGAACUAUCGAAUUGUGUUCUUUAACCCUGAGUAUUCCGCCAGUCACCCUGGCGACCAGGAGAGAGUGCAACAACUGAAGCAACUCAUUGAGGAACAGCUGUCAGUACUGAGGAAGGGACUGGAUGUUCACGGGAAGAGAAUUACGCCAGCUCUGAAAGGAAUGCAGCAGAAUCUGGAAGAGAAGCUGGAGAUGAUGGUGUUUGAGGUGUUCCCUGAGAGAAGGAAGAAGCCGGUGAGGUCCCUGACUGUCAGAGCUCCUCUUCCUCCAAUCCCUCAGAGCGAACCUCCAUCAACUCACAGUCAGACAAUGGCUGCUCCUCGCAGGCGCCUGACUGGGAAGAACAGGAACAGAGUCAGCCAGCUCUCCGAGAGUCCUCCCAACCCAAUGGGACUGCAGAGGAGUGCCACUACCAAGGUAACCAAUGGGGAAUCCCCCAAACUCCCUCUGCCAUAUUUGCCACGGAAACCAGAGCUCCCCGUGGAGACAAAGAGACUCAGUGGUUCUGGUUCUCGCGAGGGAUCUGCCAUAUCUGAGGAAGAAGAUGGAGGAGCAUAUGAAAGUGUUGAUGAUUUCCUUCGCCGCGACUCCUCGGGGGCCAUAAUUAUAGGCCCCCCUCCAUCAUACGUUCCCUCAAGACAGGGGGGCAAGCGCCCGGAUCAUGACUACACUCCAGUGAAAAUGGAGGGAGGAGAGGUGCAGAGGGGACACGAAGCCCCACAGGAAGAUAUCUGGGGGAAAUCCCCCAUUGCCAAGAAGAGACCAUCAGUUGGUGGCACGAGUCCUCAGCAGCAAGCACCACAACUUCCUCCAUUUGGCACCAGUCCUUCAACCAGACCAGUCCCAGUGACUCCUCCUCCGUCUCCACCGACACCUCGCGUGGCUGGCAGAGUGCUGGAGGACACGGGGGAGAAGAGGCCAACCCUCCCUCCGAAGAGAAGGAGGAGUGCUCCUUACUCUGAACCUGACACCAGCAAAUGGAGAGGCUCUCCUCCCAAGAUACCAGCCCCUGUCCAGGAAGAUGUGUAUUUUUCUCGACUGUCUCCAUCAGCUCCGCCCACCAGUGGAGCUUCUGAUGAUGACACUUACAAUAAUCUCACCGUUAACAAGGGGGAUUCCCCUCGAGUCUCUCCCGGCCAUUCCCCCUCACCUGGAGCUCCACCCACUGAUGAUGAUGUGUAUUUCAAUCAUUUGGCUGAGCCACUCCCACCGACUAAACCACACCCACCAGCCCCGCCGACAGGAGGGGUCGAUGAUAAUGUGUAUUUUGAUCAUCUUGUGGGACCACUCCCCCCUAAACCAACUGCAGUGGCAGGUCCUGAUGUGGUACCACCUCCAGUGCCCAUGAAGAAAAACAAACCUCCACCAAGACAGGUUUCCGUGCCAGAGGAUGCCCCGCCCACUCCUGAUAAACCAAUUCCCAGACCACGAACUGCCACAGAGAGCCAGCAGCCGGCACCAGUGCUUGUACCUCGGGGUACCCCACCCCGCGACUCCACUGUACCGGUUGUACCUUCGCGACCCCCAAAACCAGGGGCUCCUUUUUUACCUCCAAAACCUGCUCUUCCUGCCAAACCUGCCACAAAACCUGUUCCCCCACCCAAGGAAUCUGGUUAAUAUACUCACUACUCAUACCUCCAUCUGGCCUUAUCUUGCCGUCCCGGUGCCUAUCUCGCUGCACCUAUCUCCCAUGCUAUUAUGAUAGUGAUAUGCUUUGAGUGGGAAAUUUUCGUGUGGUGCAAAAUAUCACGGACUGCGUUGCAGAAUAAAAAUCCUGAAAAGCCUUUGUUGUUCGGGCCCAGGCAGGUCAAAUCCCGCGUGAUCAGAAGCUAGAAAAGGCUGCCAGUUGUGUCGCAAUGACAAGUACACAAGCUGCAAGCACCACCCGCCCUCUCAGCAUGCGCGUGGUGGUGGACAAGUGAAAUGGGAAUGCUCAUGACCAACCAGUGUGAAAAUUAAAACUUUCUUCUGAAGGCCCCUGAGGCGAAUUAUUAUCACGAAAUUCAGCACAGGCGAAAAUAUCCCGCUGGUGUAUGAGUGUGUUUUUUCCCCGUAGAUCCCCACCCCCCACC